AUGCGGGCGGUGCGGGUGUUGCGGGUGCUGCGGUUGCUGCGGGUGCUGUGGACGCUGAGCAUCGCGGCUUGGACGCUCUCUGCACUUCUCCCAGGGGGUAGCGUGAGCGCCCAGGAGCCUCUGCGCUGUCGGUUUGGCUUCACUCCGUGUAAAGACGGCUCUGACUGUGUGCUUCACCACCAUGUGUGUGAUGGAGAGAUGGACUGUCCUGAUGGCUCUGAUGAAGACGGGUGUUCCUCAGUGUGCAGCAUCGGUCAGUUCCAGUGUGCUCAUGGUAAGAUGUGUAUCGAGAAGAAGCAGCUGUGUGACGGUGUAGCACAGUGCCAGGACAGAUCAGAUGAGGUGGACUGUUUUAACCCGGAGGAGGGCUGCUUUCACCGCUGUGACAAAAAACACUGCCUUUCUCAAUCGUUUGUGUGUGACGGAGAAGCUGACUGUGAAGAUGGCAGCGAUGAAGUGGACUGUGGUGAUGGGAGCUGCAGCAGUGCAGAAUUCCAGUGCAGCAGCGGUCAGUGUGUGUCCAUCAGCGCGCGUUGCGAUGGUUACUCAGACUGCCAAGAUCACUCCGAUGAGGAUGAGUGUGUCUCACAGGUGGAGUGUGCUGAUGAUCAGCAUCGCUGCCUGAACAAUCAGCAGUGUGUGCUGCAGGAGUGGAUCUGUGAUGGAGAGAACGACUGCAAGGACAUGUCAGACGAACAGAACUGUACAGAGUCUGCAGUGCAGUGUGGCGAGUUUCAGUGGCCGUGUGCGUCUCAGACUCAGUGUGUUCCUCAGAGCUGGCGCUGCGAUGGCACCAAAGACUGCAGAGACGAGAGCGACGAGGCGGGAUGUGAGCCUGUGUCUUGCGCUCCUCAUCAGUUCCAAUGUGACAGUUUGGAGUGUUUGGACCCCUCACUCCUUUGUAACGGUGACGCUGACUGUGCAGACGAAUCGGAUGAGGGCGGAGCCUGCAAGAGUGACACGUGUUCUGACCAAUCGCAAUGUGCACAGGAGUGCUACAGUACCCCCAAAGGAACACGCUGCUGGUGCAGGAAAGGUUACGAGCCGGUAGACGGUGGUGCGGAGUGUGUGGAUGUGGACGAGUGUGUGAAGACUCCAGAUGUGUGUGAUCACUCCUGUAUGAACUCGGACGGCUCGUAUGAGUGCUCCUGUAAUCAGGGUUAUGUCCUGGAGCCUGACGGACACAGCUGUAAGAUUACAGGUGAGGCAUACCUGUUGGCCUCUAUACAGUCAGAUGUCUUCCUCAUCAGUCUCAGGAGCUCCAGCCUGGAAGUUCUCUCCUCUGAAAAGCAGCCCGUCCUCGCUGUGGAUUACGACUGGAAGGAGCAGAAAGUGUACUGGAUAAACAUGGAUGCUGAGGCUGUGAUGUGGACUACGCUGGACCAGAAGAGCAGAGGAACGCUAAUCCGAGGUGUCAGGACGGAGUGUGUCGCAGUGGAUUGGGUGGGGCGGAACCUGUACUGGACGGACAGAGCAGAAGGACAAAUAAAUGCUGCGAGGUUGGACGGUUUUAGGGCGGAGCCUGUGGUUAUUGUGGACGAAGACGUAGAUGAGCUGCGUUCAUUGGCCUUGCUACCUCAAAAAGGUCUGAUGUUCUGGUCCGAAACGGGUGAUGAAGCUCAGAUCGAGAGAGCAGGGAUGGACGGCUCAAACAGACGAGUGUUGGUGCGUCGUUCUCUGCACUGGCCCAUGGGUUUAGCAGUGGAUCUGCUUCAGAACCGGCUCUACUGGACUGAUGAGAAACUGCGCUGUAUCGGAUCAGCCACGCUGGAUGGAGAUGAUGUUAAAAUCCUGCAGCUGAUGGAGACUCUCAGUCCGUUCUCGUUAUCAGUGUUUGGAGAUUUAGUUUACUGGUCUGACACUCGCAGAGGAACCAUCCAGAAAGCUCAGAAGGUGACGGCAAAGCAACAACUGGUUCUGCUCAAACGGCUCGGCCAACCAUUCGGUGUCAAGGGAAGUACCACUUCUGAGUCAUCUAAUGGGGAAUUAGAUCUUCCUAGUUGCUGUCUCAUGUCUCCACAUAAGUUCAGCUCUGGACGGAAAGUUGGAGAGCACCAGCCAGUUAGGGGAACACUGGAGAAUUUCUUCUCAGAAGGUACCUAUAAAACAAGUGUGUACUAUCUGUUUAAACAGGUGAUUCAUGCUUUGCUUCAGCCGAGUGUUGAGAACCCAUGUGCCUUAAAGCGCUGCUCUCACCUGUGUGUCUUGGCACCUGGACUGAAUGCAGUGUGUAAAUGCCCACCUCAGCUCCUGCUGGAUGACAGACUGUGUUCCAAACCAGAAGACACCACCUUCCUUUUGCUCAUGUCCGCUACUUCAAUAUCACAGGUCUAUGUACACAGCAGGAGUUCAGGCGUUGGUCUUCAUGACUGGCCGGAGCAUCAGAGAUUUGAUCUCCCUGAAGGGAGGGCAGCUUCAGCGUUGGACCUUGUCCUGAAGGAGCAGGCGGUCUACGUUCGGGACGCAGCCGCUGGUGCUGUGGGCCUGUUUAAACUGAAGGAGGCAGCAGUAACGUGGCGUGGAACGCUGUUUAAGCUGAGGAAGGGCACGAUAGCGGCGAUGGUUGUCGAUUACAUCACACUGAAUGUGUUCUGGAGCUCCAGACAUCAACCUGGAGUGUACGUGACCUCAGGAAAUGGAAUACACACUGCCCUGAUCAUUGAUGAAGGCAUGGUGCGCUCCAUCGCUCUGCACCCUCCAACAGGGCGGCUGUGUUUCAGUAAUGCUGAGCUGCAAGGAACAGGAACGCGUCUGGAGUGCGCCUACAUGGAUGGAGGGAACCGCACUGUGGUUUGGGCUGGAGCCGUUAAUCCGGUCUCACUGAGCCUCUCGGAUAACGGGACCACGCUUUACUGGGCUGAUACUAGUCUGGGACUCAUCAGCUCAGUUAGAACUGAUGGAUCUGAACAUAAAGUAUUGAGAAUUGAGGAGCCUAUAGUGGCAUUCACUUUAGCCAACAGUGUCCUUGUCUGGCUCACAAAGACUGAUUCCACAACGUGCUGGUUCAGUGAGGAUCAUCAGACAGCGACGAUGUGGUUUAAGGUGAAAACGGAAGUGCUGGACAUAAAGGCUUUCCGUAAACCCAGUCAGAACGGCACUAAUUUGUGCUCCAGUGGAAAUGGCGGCUGCAGUCAGCUGUGCUUAGCGUUUCCUGGUGGAAGGACAUGCCGCUGUGGGCGGGGUUUCCUCACCACUAAUGAGAUGAGCUGCGUCACCGACCCACGAUGCCCAUCAGGCACAAAGCCGUGUCUCCGUGGAGAUGAAUGUGUACCCCUAGAGCAGUUCUGUGAUGGAGAUGCAGACUGUGCUGACGACUCGGACGAGAUCUGUGUCCAAGACCAACCUAAAUCUGCUGAGGGUGUUGAACCAAAAGUUCGUCCCAGCUCCACAUCUCCACUUCCACCACGGCCAGGAGCUUCUGAUGGCCCUGUUUUAUUCAAGAACAGAGGCUCCAGUAGUAACGUGUCUCCAAAAUCCUCUCAUCCAUUUGUUCCUGAUGUUCCUGUGGACAGUCCUAAAUCUCUCUGGCCUGACUCGGACGACAUUAAGGUGGAAAGCGUGGACUCUGAAUCGUGUGGGGCGAGGUUGUGUAACGGGAACGGCGAGUGUGUGUUGUUGGAUGGACAGAUGACGUGCGAGUGUGUGUUGGGUUACGGAGGAGAUCGUUGCGAGUAUGAGGUUGGAGGGAUGAUGCAGGGGCCGGUCAUUUACGCCACCGUGGGGUUGGCUGUCGGAGUCAUUGUCCUUGGCGUGAUCGUUGGGAUUAUACAGAAGAAGAAGGCUGCAAAUCAGAGGCAAGCAAGACCGAUCGUGAGGGAAACGAGUAUGAGAGAUCUGUCGCCCCGAGCCGAGACCUCACUCACACAAAAGAACAGCAGGUCAACAGAUCCCGAGAACCCCGAGCCACAGGAUGUGAUGUCAUCAGGGGAUUAGGUCAUGUCGAGCUUUCCUGUGCAGCGUCUUAGCGUGAAAUAAAGUUGCUGCUGUUUGAGCACUGCUUUGAAAUGUAUUUGAAAUGUUUGUGCUAGUUUGCCUGAAAUGUUGGUUCUGGCAGAUUUGCUCAUGCAAAGUUAAGAUUUGUUCAACAGUGCACUACAAAUGUGCUUGAUGUUUGUUGCAAACCCAUUGGUGGGGUCUGAAACACCUCCAUCCAAACUUCAGCCUUUCUUCUGGUAGCCAUUUCACCAAAAAAUGACAACAGUACUGUAAAAAACAUUGCCAAUAAGUGUUAACAUUUUUAAACCACUCUGUAGAUCUGAACCCUUGAAUAAUGUGCACCAUCUUCACUCGAUUUUUUUCUAUUACCUACAGAAAAUGUGUGUUCCAGUAAGAGCCAUUAGGAAUUACUCCCACAUUGAACUAAUUAUGAAGUUAAGUCUUAAAUAUUUAAGUUAAUAUUUAAUGAAUUUCGGUUUCUCCAGCAGGAACACAUGGCUUCUUCCUACAACUGGAAUGCCAUUACGCUUUCAGUAUAUUUUCUAUAUUAAUGAAAUGAUAAUCCAGAAUUGUCGAUCAUAAUCAUUUUAAAACCACAAAAGUCCAGAGGUGAUCAGGAACUAGUGCGGCAAUGGAUGACUUUAAAUAGGCUGUAAUGGAUGGAAAUUAAGCACAUUAUGGUUGUUUUAACAAGUGAUUGCUGUAGUGUUGGAAGGAAAUGACCAUUAAAAGUCUGUAAAGCACUAAA